CGGAAGAAUGAAAACAUCCGGUUUCUAGUUUGCUGGGCUUUUCCACUUCACUGUGGUGUAUCGAGCAACAUUUGGGCCACGCAGAUGAGCACAAUUCACCAGCGCGAUUGAGUUGCCUUUCAAAAUCUGUAAGCAUCGUAAAACCAGACGAUAUUGAAUUUCAGUUGCGAAGGUGAACAUGCUGUGGAGACCUGUGCUCGUGGCAGGUGCAUUGCUCUUCUAUUCAAGUAUCAUUUCUGCGGCUGUUCCUAAAAUACUUCGUAUAGAAAUCGUGCGAGUUAUUAAUAACCGCAGAGUCUACAUCCAAAAAUGCUGCUCUGGCACCCCUGGCGAUUGCAACUCGACCACCACCACCCCAAUCAAGCAAACCAGCUUGCUGACGACAAAGAAAAGAGCAAUUAUAACCACUACGCUUGUCGGCAGCACAACCAGCCAGGAAACCACAACAACCACACCACCUCCCACAACCGUGGAGGAUACAACCACGACCGAAUUGACAACUUCAACCUCAACGUCAACCACAACCACAACUACUACAACCACGACUACUACAACUACAACCACGACAUCAACAACUACAACAACCACAACAACUACGCCUCCAUGCUUGCCAUACACGUGUGUGACACAGCCUUCGUUACUCGAUGCCAGCAACUACAUAAACACAUCUGUCGGAGCCACCGUAGGAGGAGCAUUGCGCAUCGCCUGUGACACCUUGUACUUUUUCAGUGAUGCCGCAUUAGAUUGGGCAGCAGCAGCUUCUCAAUGCUGCGCGCGGAACAUGAAACUGGUCACCUUUGAAACCGCCGCGGAAUAUUUGUGCUUUGCCAAAAUGCUCACGGUCCCCAACUACGGCUUCAGUGGCACCUGGUGGACUGCAGGAAGCAACGUACACACAAGCGGCCAGUUCAUUUGGUGCAUGAACCAGCCGGUGAUCAACUUCACCUCCGAUUUCAAAUAUUUGCCAGGCCAGCCGGACAAUUGGCAAAACAACGAGCACUGCAUGGAACUUGCCUUGGGAGGAGGCACGCCACCCAAUAACGUCCCGAUGAACGACAGGCCCUGCGAUACUUCUUACCAAACCCGAUACGUUUGCGAGACCACAGCUGUUGGAUGUGCAUUUCCGGAAUGCCCUACGGCUCCGUGUCUUCCAGACGCCACAAAAAUGAGCAAUUCACAGAAUUGGCAAAGCAACUCUGACGGCGUGUUCAGGUCGGCUUGCGGGCGCCAGUAUUUCAUUUCCAAGGUGGGAAAAAACUGGAACGACGCCCAAACCGAAUGCUGCAAGUACGGAAUGCAAUUGUUGAGCGUCGAAUCGUUUCAAGAACUAUCCUGCUUGGCUGCCAUGAACAAAGUCCAAUUAAAGGACACAACCAACUUCUACUGGACGUCAGGAACGAAUAAUGGAUUUGGUUGCGAGUUCACCUACGGAUUUUGCGGCUCGAGAACGCUGCUUUAUCAAAACUUUUCAAACUGGCAGUCGGCAAUGCCCGACAAUCCGCUGACAGAGCGCUGCUUGGACAUGAAGAUGGCAAUCGAUCCGACUCUGAUGACUUUCAAUGAUCAGAAAUGCACAGAGAUUCGAAACUUCAUCUGCGAGGGGAGUCAACCAGAUUGCAGUCCUACGUGCCCAAGUAAAUCUACUUGUGCCAAACAGGACAAUCUUUUCAACUCCAAAGGAGAACUUCUUGAUGCCUUUAACUACGGUCGAUAUGCAAGUGGAACAGACAAAACCUAUCUUUUCUAUACACAGGCCACGGUGUCCUGGGCAGCUGCAUACAACAUUUGCUGCACGUUGGGAAUGGAUCUGCUUUCUAUUGCGACUGACCAGGAAAUGCAGGACAUUUUCAAUUUAAACAACAACAAUAAUUUGUUUAAGCACAACAAGAAUUUUUGGACGAGCGGUACGCAACUGAACUGCAACUUCCACUACAAUUACUGUUCCACAGGCACCACCUUCUUCUUGAACGACACCAAAUGGAAAACCAAUCAGCCUGACAACAUAAACGAGCUGCAGUGGUGUGUUUAUUCGCACUUCGAAACGGCCGCGUCCUACGGCCUGAGUGCAGCCUUCAUAGACGACGCUCCUUGCUCUGAUUUGAACAACUUUAUCUGCCAGACGCCGAAACUGUGCACUUCGGUUCCUUGCUAUGACUACAACUGCACGGUUGACCCCACCAAAGCUGCUCAGCUGACGGCAAUGUCAGGACCUGAUGGGGAUUUCCGAACGUUUUGCAACCGGAAAUACUUCUUCCACAAAGAUGCGAAAUCUUACAAGGACGCGUACUACACGUGCUGUACGUUUGGAAUGAAACUCGUCUCGGUCGAGACGGAUGCCGAGCGUGUUUGCAUUCACAACGGAUUCAUUUCCGCUAGUUGGCCAGCAGGAAACGUUUGGACCUCAGGCACCGACAUCGGAGUGGGAUGCGUCAACAAAUUCGGUUGGUGCCCUUCAGGAACGUUGUUCGCCAAUGAAGUGCGUUGGCGCGCAGGAGAGCCAAACGGGCCCUAUUCGGAAAAUUGCGUCAACUUGAUUCUGAGCGGCAGUGAUCCCUCGGGUACCGAUUUCAAUGACUUGGACUGUUCCAAAUCGAUUCGUUUUCUUUGCGAGCAACCUGAUUAAAUUUGCUGACAUGGGUCUAAUUGGAUUACAAAUUUUCUUGAUAAAUAAAAUUUUAAAAUCUACAUUUGGUGAAAUAAAAAUCGUGGAAUUAAUUCAAUAA